UGUGAGUGUGUGUGUGUGAGUGUGUGUGUGUGAGAGAGAGUGUGUGUGUGUGAGAGAGAGUGUGUGUGAGAGAGAGAGAGACUUGGGGAGCGAAGUGUGAUCCGAUCCAACAGAUGAGCUACUGUUGCUCAAAUUGCUGAAGAAGUUAAUGAAUAAACACAACUGUGUGAAACGUCAUCACUAUGCGACAGGAGUGCGCUCACCAGGCAGGCAGGCGGUGGUUUGUAUAUUGCUGACAGGGCAGAAGGAGAAGUGCAGCUUUCAUCACACUGACUCGGAGACAAGUUUUGUGAUAAACUGGUAAUAUCGUUAUAAUGGCGCUAGAAAUCUUCCACAAGGAACACACUCUGGAAAUGCGCAAAAAGCUGAUUGGGCACUCUUGCAGACUCUUUUUCCCUCAUGACCCGGUGAAAAUAGUGAGAGCACAAGGACAGUAUUUAUAUGACGAGAAAGGGAGACAGUACUUAGACUGCAUUAGCAAUGUGCAGCAUGUGGGUCACUGUCACCCCAGCGUCACCCGGGCUGCAGCAACUCAAAUGGAGCUUCUCAAUGCCAACACCAGGUUUCUACAUGAUAAUAUAGUCCAGUAUGCAGAACGCCUAGCAGCUACUCUACCCAAGAAGCUAUGUGUUUUCUACUUUGUCAACUCAGGCUCAGAAGCGAAUGAUCUCGCCCUGCGGCUGGCCCGUCAGUACACCCAACAUGAGGACGUUGUAGUUCUAGACCAUGCAUAUCAUGGCAAUCUCACCAGUCUCAUUGACAUAAGUCCUUACAAGUUCCAGAAGCUGGCAGGCCAAAAAGAGUGGGUUCAUGUGGCACCAAUCCCUGAUACCUACAGAGGUCUUUACCGUGCAGAUCAUCCCGACCCGGCAGAAGCGUACGCAGAUACAGUGAAGAGUCUUAUCGAUGAAGCCCAUAAGCGAGGACACAAGAUUUCGUCCUUCUUCGUAGAGUCCUUACCCAGCGUUGCUGGACAGAUCCUCUUGCCACCUGGAUACUUGCAAAAAGUUGCACAAUAUAUCCGGGCAGCAGGAGGCGUUUUUGUUGCUGAUGAAAUUCAGACUGGCUUUGGCCGUGUAGGAAGCCACUUCUGGGCUUUUCAACUCCAAGGUGAAGACUUCUGCCCUGACAUUGUGACUAUGGGCAAACCGAUGGGCAACGGGCAUCCUUUGGCAUGUGUGGUUACCACAGAGGAGAUCGCUGGUGCCUUUACAGCCAACAGAGUGGAAUAUUUCAACACUUUUGGGGGAAACCCGGUGUCCUGCGCAGUCGGCCUUGCAGUACUAGAUGUGAUUGAGAAAGAGGACCUGAGAGGUAACGCAGUUCGUGUUGGAAAUCAUUUGAUGAAGCUCCUUCGAGACCUCCAGGCUACACACCCGAUCAUUGGUGAUGUGCGUGGUGUAGGUCUCUUUGUGGGCUUUGAACUGGUUAAAGACAGAAAGGUUUUAACACCAGCAACAGAAGAAGCAGCACUGCUUGUUAAGAGGCUGAAAGAGAAAUAUAUAUGCUUGAGCACAGAUGGACCCUGGGAGAACGUCAUCAAAUUUAAACCCCCCAUGUGUUUCAGCAUGCAGGACGCUGAAAGGGUCACUGAACAAAUCGAUCACAUUCUCACAGAAAUUGAAGGAGGCCUUUCAGACCUGGACAACAAAACCAAAGAUGGUUAGUAGAGAAAUGAAACAAAGCUUCAGGUGUGUGUGUAAAAAAAAAAAAAAAAAAGCGGUCUGGUGUACUUUAUUUUGCAUUUGUACACUUACCUGAAAAAAAAUGUCCAGCCUUAAAAAUGCUCGUACCUCUCAGAGCAACGAACAGACAGAGAUAUGUAAGAAGAAGGAAAGUUCCUAAUCAAAUGAGAGUGAAAUACUUUGAGGAAACACUAGUUUAUUAUAUAAAUGUGUCAAUCUAAGCAUCAUUUAGAAUUUACACAGAAAACAUAUUUGAAGAUUUGAGUCAUUUGCUUUAUACUUUAUAUAAGACAAUACUUUAUCUAUACAUUUUAAUCCCUUUUUUAAUGAAGGAUGUAGACUGACAUUGUUUACAAUAACACAGAAAUGGAGGCAUGAUCAUUUUGCAAUGAUUAACAAUAAUAAAAUGUAUAUUUCAAAACUUUUCACAAAGUGAAAAUCAAGCAUUCAUGUGCCGUGUGUGUCAAUAAAUUAGUAUUAAUAAUAAAUAUUUGUUGUAUUUAUGAAUUACUGAUAUAUACAUUCAUAAUAUAUAUAUAUAUUAUUUGUGGCAUUAAGGCAGCCUUUAUAUCUCAGUGGAUAACAGCAGAAAUGGCAUUCAGUGGUUUAAUCAGGAUGAAGCUUGCUUAGUGUGUUUUCAGAGAUGAACAGUCCAGUGAUUUAUUGAGGUCAGGUCUCAACCCUUUAGACAAAAUUCUCUUGUGUUGAAUCUGGAACCUGCAAGAAAAGCAUUAUAUACAUCAGUGAAUGAGGAUUAAGAAGAAGCCGUGUUUAUCUACUGAUACAACGAAUUGUGGAGUCCGUCUACAGGACAUCAAGAACCAAUGAGAGUAAAACUACUAACACUUUAUAUAAGCUUUAUUUAUUAUCUAUAACAAUAAAACGUUCACUUUUACGCUCCACACAUUUUGUCAGCUGCUGUAUUACAUUUUUUUAAGAUUUUGCUUAACAUAUUAACAUUGGAGCCUGUCUUUUUGGAUGUGUAUAUUAAGGCCUAUCCUUUUAUCAAAUAUUAUGGGAAAACAUGUACAGUAUAUUUUUAUUGUUUAUUUAUAUCUAUCUCAGUGAGAAUGUAAAAAAAAAAAACAGGUUGGGAAACCUGGAUGAUUCUUUAAAUAAAUGAAAAUCAGAUCAGAUUUUCUUUUAUCCACGUCUAACAUUU